AGUAGUAGCAGCAGGAACUGUCAGGGCGAGGUAGCUAACAUCACGAGCCGAAUGGAGUAAUUAUCUCGUUAUAUUUCAAGAAAACCAACCCACCACAUUCCUUAUAACACUGUAAACCUCCAACGAAGCCAUGGCAGAGGACUCGAGUGCUCAAACUUGGUCCAUCAACAAGGACGACUAUGUACUCAACGAGGUGAUUGGGAGUGGUGCCACGGCCGUGGUGCAGGCGGCCUACUGUGAGCCCAGGAAGGAGAGGGUGGCCAUUAAACGCAUUAACCUGGAGAAGUGUCAAACCAGCAUGGACGAGCUCCUGAAAGAGAUCCAGGCCAUGUCCCAGUGCCACCACCCCAACAUUGUGUCCUACUAUACGUCUUUCGUAGUGAAGGACGAGCUGUGGCUGGUGAUGCGACUCCUCAGUGGUGGCUCAGUACUGGACAUCAUUAAACACAUCAUAUCUCGUGGGGAACAUAAGUCUGGGGUGCUGGAUGAGUCGUCCAUAGCCACCAUCCUCAAAGAGGUUCUAGAAGGACUGGAGUACCUGCAUAAGAACGGGCAGAUCCACAGGGAUCUAAAGGCCGGAAAUAUUCUUCUCGGUGACGAUGGCUCAGUGCAAAUCGCAGACUUUGGUGUGAGUGCCUUCUUAGCGGCUGGAGGAGACAUGACCAGGACUAAGGUCAGGAAGACGUUUGUUGGGACACCAUGUUGGAUGGCCCCGGAGGUCAUGGAGCAGGUCAGAGGAUAUGACUACAAAGCAGAUAUCUGGAGUUUUGGGAUCACAGCCAUCGAGCUGGCUACAGGAGCUGCACCGUAUCACAAAUAUCCACCCAUGAAGGUCCUGAUGCUGACACUGCAGAAUGACCCUCCCUGCUUGGAGACGGGCAUCCAGGACAAGGAGAUGGUGAAGAAGUACGGCAAGUCCUUCAGGAAGAUGAUCUCACUCUGUCUACAGAAGGAGCCUGAGAAAAGACCAACUGCUGCUGAGCUGCUGAAACACAAAUUCUUCACGAAAGCAAAGAAUAAUGAAUACUUGGAAGAGAAGCUGCUUCAGAAGGGUCCAUCGAUAGGAGACCGAUCCAAACGGGUGCGUCGCGUGCCUGGCUCCAGUGGCCGUCUCCAUAAGACCGAGGACGGGGAGUGGGAGUGGAGUGAUGAUGAGUUGGACAUGGAGAGUGAAGAGGGCCAGGCUGCGGUGGCAGCUCUACGGUCUCCCAGAGUGAAAGAUGGCUCCAUCGAGAUUUUCCCUCCAGAGGAUGGUUCGCCCAGUCUGCUCCGUCCAGGAGGGGCAGGGCAGGACAAGGACAACCCAGGCGAGGCCACCCUGAUCCAGGGGGACGUUCCAGCCCAGGACCCCGCUGCCUCCUCCACCACCAAAGUCCCCAUCAGCCUGGUGUUGAGGUUGAGAAACUUGAAGAAAGAACUGAAUGACAUCCGUUUUGAGUUUAUGCCUGGAAGAGACUCAGCUGAUGGAGUGUCUCAGGAGUUAGUUUCAGCAGGACUGGUCGAUGGGAAAGACUUAGUGGUCGUUGCUGCCAAUUUGCAGAAGAUUGUCGAUGAUCCUCUCAACAAUAAAAAUGUCACUUUCAAACUGGCAUCUGGCAUAGACGAGUCGGAGAUCCCUGACGAUGUCAAGCUGAUGGGUUUCGCUCAGCUCAGCAUCAGUUAACUCAACGGUCUUUCAUCAAAGAACAACAGAACAGCAUAGUUCUAAUUUCCAAGACGACACUACUGCCAAGGAGAAGAGCUGCAUUUGUCAACCUGUAGGGUUCUUUUCUUUACUGAACUCUGCUGUGUUAGUUAAAAUGGACGGGCUAUGAGAACGGGACCAGCGCAACAGUAAAAAACAACAACAGUUAGAACAGGAAAUCACAUUUUGAAAGAGUUUAUAGCAGGACCGAUCCACAACGUGUAUCUGGGAGGGAGGACGACGUCGCAAUCAACGAUGUCAUCAUCGACUUAUUAAAAAAAUAAAAAAAUAAACAAACAACAAACCAUUUUCCUAGUUAGUGUUGUACAAUCCAAAAGCAUUAUAUAAUACAAUGGAACUGCUGCCAGUUCUGGAAGUGGUAACAACAAAUGCCUUUUUAUCGACCGUGCCACUGAACCAACGGAGUGUUGUGUGUGUGUGUAGAGGCCUCCACUAUUAGAUAUCAUACUGUAUACUGCCUCUCAAAUGGACACCUAUUACCUACAUAGUGCAUUAUUUAUGGGCCUCGGUCAAAAGUAGUGCACUAUGUAGGGAACGGGGGGGAGGCAUUUGGGAUGUGGAAUGGUAUAUCAGGCAGUGUAAAGGAGUGGGUGGGGAUGGGGUCUUAGUAAGGAUCUAUUACAGUGCGGUUCUAUGUAGUAGAGGGAUUGAAUGGCUUGAGUUCACUUGAUAAUAUGAUUGAUAUUAAACUGUAGGGGCCCUUAGUCACACACAGUUUAAACCCCUUAUUACACCGUAACUAGCCAGUUUUAUCAUGAACCAGAAAGAACUGGCAUUUCUCUUAGUGUAUAUCAUAACAUAAGUUGACGUAAGCUUCCUUAGCUGUCUCAUACGCUUUCUUGAGUGUAUCUGUUGACAUAAGCUCUCAUAGGUGUAUCAUAAGUUGACAUUAUCUGUCAUAAGUUAACUGUUGACAUCAGCUGUUAUAACAUCUCAUUGCUGUAUCAUUAGUUCAGGUUACCCCAGACAGACCGGACAGACAGACCUCGUUGCUCUAACGUGGAAGGGGGUCUGUUCAGGAGGGAGAAAUGUUACAGGACAUAGUGAAACGUUCAGAUGUAAAAAAUGUAUAGUGUAGAACAGAUAGGAUUGCCUGUCGUAUAGAUUUGGGAGUCGGUGUCUGCUCUAUUCAUUACAUUUCUAUGUGCAAACCUUCUGGACCGUGAAUCCAGUGUUUUAAUACGUGAAGAAGGUAAAACAAUACCUUACUGAGACCUUGAUAAUUAUGGUCUUGGGAGUGACUAUGCAACUUUGUCUCUAAUGUCCAGUACCAGCGGUUCACUAGCCACUGGACCUCUGUUAUCUCGCUUGCUAGCUGUCAUCACUAUGUAUCUUAUAUCAAUAGCUAGCUAUCGGUCAUUAUGUCUCAUCUCACUAGCUAACUAUCUGUCAUCACUAUGUCUCUUAUCUCACUAGCUAGCAAUCUGUCAUCACUAUGGCCACUGGACCUCUGUACUCUCGCUAGCUAGCCGUCAUCGUUAUGUCUCUAUGGACAUUUAUGUCUGUUCCGUCAUCGUAGAUGGACAAAAUCAUUUGUGUCGUCCAAUCCAUCCACUCACCUGAAAGUCACCGACUGUUCUCACUCCCACUUUACAUUGUAUGUUGGCAGUGUUGGACAAGCUACUAUGAAAAUAUAGUUUACCAAGCUACCAAUUACUUCACGCUGGAAGAAGUUAAGCUACACUAAAGUUACCCUUAAGAAAAACAUAGUUGAACAAAAGUUACUUAGGAAAAAGUAGUUUACUACAAACUUUAUGAAAAAUAAUAUCUGAAUCUGUAAUGGCAAAUUACAAAUUUAAACAAAAAGUGAGAAUUAGUCAGGUCUCAUUCUGAAAAAUAAAGUAUAUUCAUGCCUACUUAACACAACUUGUUGCACAAAAAAAAAACUGUGUAAUUCCAAUAGUUAGCUACACCGCUACAUGGUUAAACAGUAUAGUGUAAUUCCAGUAGUUAGCUACACCGCUACAUGGUAAAACAGUAGUGUGUAAUUCCAGUAGUUAGCUACAUGGCUAAAAGUUAUUAACUACUGAAAACACUACCAAGAUUAGAAUUUAAUUCAACUACCGCCAAGCUACUGCAAAAUGUAAUUAAAUGACUAGUUGAACUAAAUUUAGAAAUAGUCAACUACUCCCCAACACGGUUGGUUGGUGUGUGAUGUGCAUUUGCUGGUUCAGGUACUGUUGUAAAUCGGUCUAUUUAGCAGAUGUUGUAUUUUGAAAAGGUACGUACAUUUAUAACGGGAACUGAUGAUGGAUGCCACAGCAUGCACUGUCAGUCACACACCCUCCCAGAGGUAUGUUUGUGAGUAGGAGACAAAGCAAAAACAUUGACUGUUUCUGGAGUACAUUUCUAAGAUGGAAAGAAGGCUCUUAUUGUACAUAUGAUUACGUCAGAAAAAUAACUGGUAUACUUGAUCAGCUCAUCCAGUCUAUAAGUUAAAAUAAUGAAACUACAGCGAGUUUUUUUUGUUUUCUUUUGUAUCGAGUUUUCCCACUGUUGGCCUUCUGUUAGAUAUUCAUCACUAAUUCCAAGUUAUGUUGCUAAUCAUGCCACAUCUGAUUUGCUAAAUUGGCACUUUUUUAUUUUUUAUUAUUAUCAAUAUAUCAUUAACAUAGCUGUGUAUUUUAGUUCAAAAGGCUUGUGAUCUGGCUCACAUUCUAUGAUUUUGUUGUCAUGGUGAUCUUUUAAUAUGCAAUUUGUAUUUUUUUUCCGAAUCACUGAAACCGUUCCAAUUUAGAGUUGGUUUCCUGUAGUAAGUCACACAAACUGGAAUGAUGUUCCUCAACAAAUGUACAUGUAGGUCUAGCUAACAAACACAACAAAAUGACACAACUGACACCUUUCCCAUUAGUGUGAUAUGCUGCUUUCAGACUGAGCAAUAAUGUCGAAGAAAGUUAGCCUGGGUGCCGGUCUCUUUGUGCCAUCAUCCCAAAUCCCUGUUGCUCAUUGUCAUGGAAAACAAUGCAAUAUGGCAAGAGAAUAAACAGAUUUGGGACACCCAGGCUAGAAGAAAGUGUGAGCUGAUAGCAAAAUGACUCUUCCCCCUCUGUAUUGUGAUACCAAUUGGAAAGCCACUGUUGUCAGGUUGAUAUCUGUCACAAGGCAAACUCUUUUGAAUGAUGAGUAUUUAUUAUAACACUCACUUGGAAAUGAAUGAACUUCAUGAUUUUUUUUUUUAAGUUGGUUUUACUUGAAACCAAUGCAUAUAUUUUCAAUGUUGUGUAUCGUCACAAAACGUGCACGUGAUCAAAAUCAAGUGUGUUGAUUAUUUGAAGAAUGUUAUUUGUGAAACCUUUAGAAAUUAAAUUACAAAACUUGAUGUCAUGAAUUAAAAGCCCUUUGCUGAAUCAAUGUUGUAAAUGUGUGGUUAAAAGAAAAUUGCCAUCACACACAAACAUGAAAACAAUUCUGGUCAACUAUUAUUUCUAUAAACUGGUGAAUAGGCAAAUAAAAUCACAUGAUUUGAA